CAAACGAGGCGAAGGGCGCACGCGGACACACCGAGCGCGUACGUCGAGUCGUCCGGACCCCCGCUCUCGGUGCCUGCCGCUACACCGCGGGACAUGUCGCGCACGUGGACGGGCACCGCCGCGCCUUCGCCGAUGGCCCCGGUGCACGUUCUGCUGCUGCUGGUCACCCUGGCUUCGACGCUGCUCGGAACUGUAUUCGGCGAGGGCGAGUUCAAGAUCCCCGAUGCUGCCGUCGAAGCCGACAAGAACCACUGGUACAAGCUGGGCGCCUCAGGAAUCGAUGGACGACUCAGGCACCAGGUGAAGGUCGGACGAGCCAAGAACGUGGUGCUCUUCCUGGGAGACGGCAUGGGCAUUCCGACGGUGACGGCGGCGCGCAUCUACAAGGGCCAGCGACUGAGCAACCGGAGCGGCGAGGAGAGCGUCCUAUCCUGGGACAUCUUCCCGCAUCUGUCUCUGGCCAGGACGUACGGGCUGGACGUGCAGACGUCGGACUCGGCCAACACGGCCACGGCCUACCUGUGCGGGGUCAAGGCCAACUACGAGACGCUGGGAGUCGACUCCAGGGUUAAAAGCGGGCAGUGCCACAGCGACACGAGCACCCACCUGUCGAGCAUCAUGCAGUGGGCUCAGGACUCCGGCCUGUGGACGGGCAUCGUGACCACGACCCGUGUCACGCACGCCACCCCGGCCGCGAGUUACAGCCACUCGGGACAUCGGAACUGGGAGGCCGCGGUGCCUCCCGACUGCGACGCCAAGGACAUCGCCUACCAGCUAGUGCACUCGUCGCCAGGGAAGGGAUACAAGGUGAUUCUGGGGGGCGGUCGCCGGGUCUUCCUCGACAAGAACAUGAUGGACGAAGAGGGCAAGCCGGGACAGCGCACGGACGGCAAGAACCUCAUCAAGGAAUGGACGGACGCCAGAAAGAGCGAAGGGAACGCCACCUACGUCUGGAACAAGCAGGGACUUCUCAGCGUGAACCCGCAGAAGACAGACUACCUGCUCGGUCUCUUCGACAACAGCCACGUGCCGUACGUGAUUCAGAGGAGCGAGGCCAACACCACUAAGCCGACCCUACCAGAAAUGACCAAGGUUGCAGUGGACAUGCUGAGCAGAGCUCCCAACGGAUUUGUUCUUCUCGUCGAAGGUGGCAGGAUCGAUCAGGCGCACCACUUGAGCAUGGGCGGCUCGGCGUUGGAGGAGGCCCUCGAGUUCGACCAGGCCGUCUCGGACACCUACAAGCUCCUGGACCCGGAAGAGUCCCUGAUCGUGGUCACGGCCGAUCACUCGCAUACCUUCACCAUGGGAGGCUACCCACAGCGAGGCACAAACAUCCUCGGUAUUGCUGGCUACUCGGACGUCGAUCAGCUGCCUUUCACUGUCCUCACCUAUGGCAACGGACCAGGCUUCUCUACGGACAAGACUAAUUUUACGAACGCCGAUGUGGCGAAACCCGACUACAUCCAGCGGUCGGCCUUCAAGUUGACCGAAGAGACCCACGGCGGCGAAGAGGUGGCCGUGUACGCGACCGGGCCCUGGGCGCAUCUCUUCUCGGGCUCGCACGACCAGUCCUACAUCCCGCACGUGCUCGCGUACGCCUCGUGCGUCGGACGUUUUGCCGGGGACCAGUGCGCGUCUCCCGGCGGGGGCGCUGCGACUCCUUCCUCGCUCGGCGUCGUGUCGGCGCUCAUGAUGGCCACCAUGGCCGCCGUGGGCCUGCGGUGACCACCGAUGGACACAGCGUCUCCGAACGCUGUUCGGGCGUACAAAAUGUUCGCGUAAAUAAACCAAUGAUCCGAGUGCAAUGAAACUUUUCACAAAGGUGUUUCAAGGUGGUGCAUUUAUCUUACUCAAAUUUCAUGAAUGUAAGUUUAAAAAAAAGGUUUUCUUUUUUAUGCACGAGGAGGAAAAUGGUAAAAUAUUUUUGGUUGACGCUGCUACUUACAGAUGGCGCAACAUAACGCUAAAACCUUAUUUCUUCUUCGAAAUAAACACCCGAAAGCAAAUCCAGCGGAUCAAAGCAUAUGUAAUAGGGAGUUUUCGUAGAUCGUUUUCGCCGUCCCGCAACGGCCCUCCGCAAUCCGCUACGAUACCCGGAACUCUACGGUCAAGGCUAUCGGCGCGCAGGCGCAGUAGCAACUUCUUCGUUGCGGAGAGCUUAGCGGAGGAGGAAACGCGAUCUACGAAAACUCCCCAAUGUGAGUAGCAGCGUCAACCAGAUGCUAUUCGCCGAUUCCCUCCCUGUCCGUAAAGAAAUAGUUUUUUUUUUUUUCGUGCUCAUUUUUUUUUUUUUAACUUAUAAAGUUUGAGUAUGAGAAAUGCACCGCCUAAAUACACCUUUGCGAAAAGUUUCAGUGCACUUCGUUGAUUGGUUCAUUUAUUUCAUUUUUUCUUUCCCCCGAAAGCGUUCGGAAACACCUUGUAGACCUUGUUUGAUUUUGUGGCGUCAUCCAUCGAACGUCUUCGAGACACUCGAGUUGGCUGCAGGCGUUUAGGACGACAAACUGGAAGCUUGCCACCUGAGCAAAUUGGCGGCGGGAAAGAGCUGGAAGGGCGAGCAAAUUAAGUAGGCAUUUCCUUUCUGCUUCUCUCCUGUGCCAUUUAUCGUUAUUGUUUUGUUUUCAUGAAAGAGAAUCGGUGACGCACCUUUGGCUUAGUAGACUCAGUCUCGACGCUGCGAACAAAGCUUUUAAAGUGCGCCCUUGAAACACCGAUGUAUCUCGAUGAACGCACAGCGUGAUAAGAAGAACGAGACACGUGACCAUUUGCGAGACCUGCAGCCUCGGCUGAUAGAUGAUGCCCAAAGUGAACAAAUUCUAUUGAAUUCUAACAAACCGUCCUCCAUUUGAUCGCUAUGCCUUUAAUCGGUAGAAACUUGCAGGAACCGCUUUCCCCAGACGACCGGUUUGAGAGCUGUCUGAGGGAUGCCACAGCCAGACAUGCUCCGCCUUCGAGGAAGGUUCUGCACGCUUUACAGGGUUGAGUUGGUGACAUACGACAGACUAUUGCUGCACAGGUCAUCUGCGAAACGGUUCACUGGCCGAUCGCGAGCGUAUAUAUCUUUGGCGAUUGAUUCGCUGUAACUCUCCGUUGGCUCAUAGGAUCCUGCUCAGAAAUGUCUUUCAGAUGCUCCUGGCACUCCGCAUUCCUUUCUCGACGUCCUAAAAAGAAAAAAAAGAAAAGAAAACGUUAUACUAGACAGUUUUGGGAAAACAGUGCAAAUGGUUGUAAUAAUAAAGACAAAGGAACGUCUUAUGCAUGCUGCAAGAACUGUCUCGUAGCGUCGCCAUUUUCUGCUGGUGUUCGACCUUCAGCUUCAAGCCUUUCAAAGACGUGCCCCCACGGUGGUCCGAGUGAUGACUUUGCAGACGGUUGUUCCAGAUGCAAUAGCCAGGCUACGUUCUGAAGUGCGGUACUUGCAAACGUGUAUAAGGCAGCUUCAAUAUUUUGUCACCCUUGUCGAAGGUUCUCCUACCCUUCGGUGCUUUGCAACGGUUCUUUGUUCACGUGGGUCAAUGAGAGCAUCUAUAUAAAUUUAAGAAAAAGAAAGUACAAAACUGUUCGCGCAAACAGUAGACACUUUUUUGUCUCGUCUUGUAGCCCUUUUCUUUUUUUUUCUUCAAUCUCUUUGUCGUAAUGUUUACCGGUCAUUAUUGUUUCCCCGAAACAUAUACACAUAUUUGAGAAAGAGAAUGCCAGCACUAAAUUUAAUUUCUAGUCAACUUGUCCCAAGUUGUGCAGCUCACACAGAUCAUACUAUAUUUGGCCGAAAGGGUUUCAGGAGCAUGUGUUACUAGUCCUACAGGAAGGUACUUGCACUCGACGAUCACUUCAUGUUGUCCAUACGCCCGUCAUGUUGUGUCUUUUGCUUUCCGUCGCCCUCAUGUUCAUCCAUAUCACUGGUGCUUGGUUACAUCCUCAUUUGUUCUGUAUUAAAAAAAAAAAAACUGGUUCCAAAAUCCGCAUUUACUAGCGGUCCAUUUUUAUUUUCUCUUGGCUGCACCUAAUAACUGAUGCAAGACUUAAAAAAAUGUCUUUAUGGCCAAGGAACUUCACCCCACUGUAAUCGAGAAUAAAUAUUUUGGUUAAGUUUUGA